UGUUGGAGACUCUCUCGAAGAGUUCCAGAGAAGGUCGAGCAAAAUCGAUCUCUCGCAGUCGGCAUAAACAGAAUUCAAAUUAAACCGAAAAAUAGAAAGAGAAAACAGAACAUAAAGAAAACCCAAAAUAUAAAGAGAAACAGUUCGUUAUUUCCACUGAAUUUCACUCACUCACACCUUGUCUGAAAACCCUAGGUUUUUUUUUCUUUCCAUAAUCGAUCGAAGAUCGCCAUGGAUAUACGCUUCCCAUUCUCGCCGGCGGAGGUUGCCAAAGUCCGCUGUGUUCAGUUCGGCAUUCUGAGCCCGGACGAAAUAAGGCAAAUGUCUGUAGUGCAGAUUGAGCACAGCGAGACCAUGUUGGGAGGCAAACCCAAGACGGCAGGUUUAAGUGAUCCUCGGCUUGGUACAAUUGACAGAAAGAUGAAGUGCGAAACAUGUACGGCCAACAUGGCUGAGUGCCCGGGCCAUUUUGGGCACCUUGAGCUUGCCAAACCAAUGUUUCACAUUGGUUUCAUGAAGACGGUGUUGUCAGUAAUGCGAUGUGUUUGCUUCAAUUGCUCAAAAAUUCUAGUCGAUGAGGAUGAUCACAAGUUUAAGCAGGCUUUGAGAAUUAAGAGCCCAAAAAAUAGGCUAAAAAAGAUUUUGGAUGCAUGCAAAAACAAAACCAAAUGUGAUGGUGGUGAUGAAAUUGAUGUCCAAGGUCAGGAAUCUGAAGAACCUGUAAAGAAAAGUCGUGGCGGCUGUGGUGCUCAGCAGCCCAAGCUCUCUAUAGAGGGUAUGAAAAUGAAUGCAGAGUACAAAGCCCAACGGAAGAAAAGUGAUGACCAGGAACAGCUCCCUGAACCUGUGGAAAGGAAACAGACACUUACUGCAGAAAGGGUUCUUAGUGUCUUAAAAAGGAUAAGUGAUGAGGACUCCCAGUUAUUGGGAUUGAACCCUAAAUAUGCUCGUCCUGACUGGAUGAUUUUACAAGUUCUGCCUAUUCCUCCACAACCUGUGAGACCCUCUGUGAUGAUGGACACCUCAUCCAGGAGUGAGGAUGAUUUAACACAUCAGUUAGCCAUGAUUAUUCGUCACAAUGAGAAUCUGAGGAGACAGGAAAGAAAUGGGUCACCUGCUCAUAUAAUUUCAGAGUUUGCACAACUGUUGCAAUUCCACAUAGCCACAUAUUUUGACAAUGAGUUGCCUGGACUACCGAGGGCUACUCAGAGAUCAGGGAGGCCUAUUAAAUCAAUAUGUAGUAGGCUUAAGGCAAAGGAAGGCAGAAUAAGAGGAAAUUUAAUGGGGAAGCGAGUUGAUUUCUCGGCACGGACAGUGAUUACUCCUGAUCCAAACAUAAACAUUGAUCAAUUAGGAGUACCAUGGAGUAUUGCUUUGAAUCUCACGUACCCAGAGACUGUGACUCCAUAUAAUAUUGAAAGGUUGAAGGAGCUUGUUGAGAAUGGGCCCCAUCCUCCACCUGGUAAAACUGGUGCGAAGUAUAUAAUACGAGAUGAUGGGCAAAGGCUUGAUCUUCGUUACUUGAAGAAAAGCAGUGAUCAUCAUUUGGAGCUUGGAUAUAAGGUGGAGCGUCAUUUGAAUGAUGGAGACUUUGUCCUCUUCAAUCGUCAACCUAGUCUCCAUAAAAUGUCUAUUAUGGGGCACAGAAUCAAGAUCAUGCCGUACUCAACUUUUCGCUUGAAUUUGUCUGUGACCUCUCCAUACAAUGCCGACUUUGACGGGGACGAGAUGAACAUGCAUGUUCCUCAGUCUUUUGAAACUAGGGCAGAAGUACUGGAGCUCAUGAUGGUGCCCAAGUGCAUAGUGUCUCCUCAGUCAAAUCGACCUGUGAUGGGAAUUGUGCAGGAUACCCUUUUAGGGUGUCGUAAGAUUACCAAGAGGGAUACCUUCAUAGAGAAGGAUGUUUUUAUGAAUAUUUUGAUGUGGUGGGAGGAUUUUGAUGGAAAAGUUCCUGCUCCUGCAAUUUUGAAGCCACGGCCAUUGUGGACUGGCAAGCAAGUCUUCAAUCUUAUAAUACCAAAACAGAUAAAUCUCCAAAGGACUUCUGCAUGGCACUCGGAAGCAGAAAGUGGCAACAUUACCCCCGGAGAUACUUUUGUUAGAAUAGAGAAGGGGGAGCUACUUGCUGGAACACUUUGCAAGAAGACACUUGGGACAUCUACUGGAAGUCUGAUACAUGUCAUAUGGGAAGAAGUUGGCCCAGAUGCAGCUCGCAAGUUCCUGGGUCAUACCCAAUGGCUUGUUAACUACUGGCUACUCCAAAAUGCUUUUAGCAUUGGAAUUGGAGAUACAAUUGCUGAUGCUGCAACAAUGGAGAAAAUCAAUGAAACAAUUUCAAAGGCGAAAAAUGAAGUGAAAGAUCUUAUAAGUAAAGCCCAAUCCAAGCAGCUGGAGGCUGAACCUGGACGAACCAUGAUGGACUCAUUCGAAAACAAAGUGAACCAGGUUUUGAAUAGGGCUCGUGAUGAUGCUGGAAGUAGUGCUCAAAAGAGUUUAUCGGAGAGCAACAAUCUUAAAGCCAUGGUUACAGCAGGGUCCAAAGGGAGUUUUAUCAACAUAUCCCAGAUGACUGCUUGUGUGGGGCAGCAGAACGUUGAGGGUAAGCGUAUCCCUUACGGGUUCAUAGACCGGACAUUGCCCCACUUCACUAAAGAUGAUUAUGGACCAGAAAGUCGUGGAUUUGUAGAAAAUUCCUACCUGCGUGGGUUAACUCCACAGGAGUUCUUUUUUCAUGCAAUGGGUGGGAGGGAAGGUCUUAUAGAUACCGCAGUCAAGACAUCUGAGACUGGGUACAUUCAAAGGAGACUGGUGAAGGCUAUGGAGGAUAUUAUGGUCAAAUAUGAUGGCACUGUCAGAAAUUCAUUGGGGGAUGUUAUACAGUUUCUUUACGGGGAAGAUGGGAUGGAUGCUGUUUGGAUAGAAUCACAAAAGCUGGAUUCUUUAAAGAUGAAAAAAACAGAAUUUGAUAAGACUUUUUCGUAUGAGCUUGAUGAUGAAAAUUGGAAUCCAGACUACAUGUUGCAUGAACAUGUUGAGGAUCUCAAAACUAUUAGAGAGUUUCGCAAUGUGUUUGAUGCAGAGGUUCAGAAACUUGAAACAGACAGAUUACAACUUGGAACAGAGAUAGCAGUAACAGGUGAUAAUUCUUGGCCAUUGCCUGUUAACCUGAAGAGGCUCAUUUGGAAUGCACAAAAAACCUUUAAGAUUGACUUCCGAAGGACUUCCGAUAUGCACCCGAUGGAAAUCGUGGAAGCUAUUGAUAAGCUCCAGGAGAGGCUGAAGGUUGUUCCUGGUGAUGACUUGUUGAGUGUUGAAGCUCAAAAGAAUGCUACACUGUUUUUCAGCAUUUUACUUCGCAGCACUUUCGCUAGCAAACGGGUGUUGGAUGAGUACAGGCUUACUCGUGAAGCAUUCGAGUGGGUUAUUGGGGAGAUAGAGUCACGCUUCCUGCAAUCACUUGUAGCACCUGGCGAAAUGAUUGGUUGCGUUGCUGCACAAUCUAUUGGUGAGCCUGCCACUCAGAUGACACUGAAUACUUUCCACUAUGCUGGUGUGAGUGCAAAGAAUGUUACCCUAGGUGUUCCCAGGUUGAGGGAAAUUAUUAAUGUGGCUAAGAGAAUCAAAACACCAUCUCUGUCUGUCUACUUAAAGCCUGAAGCUAAUAAAACAAAGGAGAGGGCGAAAAAUGUCCAGUGUGCUUUGGAAUACACCACUCUCCGAAGUGUAACUCAAGCUACAGAAGUGUGGUAUGAUCCAGACCCCAUGAGCACAAUAAUUGAAGAGGAUGUUGAUUUUGUCAACUCUUACUAUGAAAUGCCAGAUGAAGAGGUUAACCCUGAUAAAAUUUCUCCUUGGUUGCUUCGCAUUGAGUUGAAUCGCGAAAUGAUGGUGGAUAAGAAGUUGAGCAUGGCUGACAUUGCUGAGAAGAUCAAUCUUGAAUUUGAUGAUGAUUUAACUUGUAUAUUCAAUGAUGACAAUGCGGAAAAGUUGAUCCUUCGAAUCCGUAUCAUGAAUGCUGAAGCUCCAAAAGGGGAAUUGGUUGAUGAAUCCGCUGAAGAUGAUGUAUUUUUGAAGAAGAUUGAGAGUAACAUGCUGACAGAAAUGGCUCUUCGAGGUAUCCCAGAUAUUAACAAAGUGUUCAUUAAACAUGGUAAAGUUAACAAGUUUGAUCCGAAUGAAGGAUUUAAAGCAGAGCAAGAGUGGAUGCUGGAUACAGAAGGUGUUAAUCUUUUAGCUGUCCUGUGCCAUGAUGAUGUUGAUGCCAGGAGGACAACGAGUAAUCACUUGAUUGAAAUUCUUGAAAUUCUUGGAAUUGAGGCAGUUCGUCGGUCACUGUUGGAUGAGUUGCGUGUUGUUAUAUCUUUCGAUGGGUCUUAUGUGAAUUAUCGGCAUCUGGCUAUCCUUUGUGAUACCAUGACUUAUCGUGGGCACUUGAUGGCCAUUACUCGUCAUGGCAUCAAUCGAAAUGACACCGGUCCCAUGAUGAGGUGCUCAUUUGAAGAAACUGUCGAUAUUCUUCUUGAUGCUGCAGUGUUUGCAGAAACAGAUUAUUUGAGAGGUGUAACUGAAAACAUAAUGUUAGGCCAGCUUGCACCCAUUGGCACAGGAGACUGUGCCCUGUAUCUCAAUGACGAGAUGUUGAAGAAUGCAAUUGAACUCCAGCUACCUAGUUAUAUGGAUGGUCUUGAUUUCGGUAUGACACCAUCUCGUUCUCCAGUGUCGGGAACUCCAUAUCAUGAGGGCAUGAUGUCUCCAAAUUAUUUGCUGAGCCCAAACCUUCGUCUGUCACCCAUUUCAGAUGCCCAGUUUUCUCCCUAUGUUGGAGGAAUGGCAUUCUCUCCUACUUCAUCUCCGGGCUACAGCCCAUCAUCCCCUGGCUACAGUCCGUCCUCCCCUGGAUACAGUCCCACAUCCCCUGGUUAUAGUCCCACCUCGCCCGGGUACAGCCCCACUUCUCCUGGGUACAGUCCCACCUCUCCAACCUAUAGUCCUAGUUCUCCAGGUUAUAGUCCAACCAGUCCGGCCUAUUCUCCUACAAGUCCAUCAUACUCACCCACCUCACCCAGCUAUAGCCCCACUUCUCCAAGUUACAGUCCCACUUCUCCAAGUUACAGUCCCACUUCUCCAAGUUACAGUCCAACUUCACCAAGUUACAGUCCAACAUCACCUGCUUACAGCCCGACAUCACCUGCUUACAGCCCGACUUCACCUGCAUAUAGUCCCACAUCACCUUCCUACAGCCCUACAUCGCCUUCCUAUAGCCCUACAUCACCUUCCUACAGCCCAACGUCGCCCUCCUACAGCCCCACAUCUCCAUCCUACAGCCCAACCUCACCGGCCUACAGCCCAACUUCUCCUGGUUACAGCCCAACUUCUCCCAGCUAUAGCCCCACAUCUCCAAGUUACAAUCCUCAGUCAGCCAAAUACAGUCCAUCGUCGGCAUACUCUCCAAGCAGUCCAAGAAUGUCACCAUCUAGUCCAUAUAGUCCUACGUCUCCAAAUUACAGCCCAACUUCACCAUCGUAUUCACCUACGUCUCCAUCUUACUCUCCUUCAAGCCCCACGUACAGUCCUGGAAGCCCAUUUACCUCUGGAGUGAGCCCAGAUUAUAGUCCAAGUUCUCCACAAUACAGUCCAAGUGCUGGGUACUCACCGAGUCAACCUGGGUACUCGCCGUCAUCUACUAGCCAGUACACGCCUCAAACGAGCGAGAAGGAUACUAAGGAUGACAGAAGCACUCGUUAAUGCAUUUUACAUUUAGAAGUUUGAGAUGAUGUAGAGCAGCUCACCUGCAGCUAUCAGAGAACCUGGACUUCUAAUGUGGAUAGGUUGAUGGAAGUGGGGAGUCGCAUUAAAGUUGGACGAUCAACUGCAGGAUGUAAGCUGGUUUCGCAGCAUAUCCAUGUCUAGGUUGCUUCCCGUAUAUAGCCCGAGACUAGAUUUUACGUGUUUUACUACUAGCGGUCGAUUUUACAUUGAAAAAAGACCCACUCCUGGUCGUGUAUCUCAACUUUGGACCACCUUUUUGGUUUCGGUUCCAAAAACUUUGCAACUGUACUAUUUCAUAUUGCACAUCUAAUUUGUUCAGGUGCACUGCGUGUAAUCAAAAUAGUUUGGCUCUCGAUCUUAUUGUAAUUGUAAUUUUGACAUUCUAGCAGGACAUUAUCCUCUCUAGAUUAGCAA